AGAUAUUGUAGGCUUCUUCGUUCUUCUGCAUCCAGGGUGAUUCCUGCAGCCGUGGUGCGUUUUGCAUCUGGAAGGGUAGAACCAUGGCAGUGAAUACCCCGGAGCGUCUCCGGGAAAUUCCCUCACCGUCUGAAAAGGACUGGCAAAAGGAUGAUGAGGAAGACUUCUUCCUGCUGGAUCCUGAUCGAGAGCGUGAUGCAUUGCCUCAGCCCUUCAGGAUGAUCAGGAAACUGCUGAUGCAGGUUUUUGAGAGUGCUAUGGAAAUCAUUGAAAGAAGGGAGAUGCUCCGAGAAGCACAAAACCURAAAGUCCAGCCCAGAAAAUGCUUUCCUACAGCUUCAUUCCAGGUAACUGGAAGAGCCAAUUGCCUUGCACUGUCUGGAAAAUACAUCUUUGUUGGCCUGUCCAUGGGUCUGACUGCCUUCAGCAAGGGAAACUUGAAGGAUGUCUGUGCUUGGGAUGCAGCCAAGACAGAGAUCUGUGCCAUCCAUGCCUCGGAUUUAGGGAACGAGUGCCACGUCCUGCUUGCUGUGGAUGAAAUGGGGCUUGUCUGGCUCCUCUUCUUUCACAAGGAAAGCUUCCUUCUCACUAAAGUCCUAAAUGAAGUGGCAGAUAUCAGCCAGAGAAGCGCUUGUGUGGAGGUGGUGCUGUCCCGCCGAGGUGAUUAUGCAGGAAUCCUGCUGCAAGACAGCACAAAAGCUUGGCUGGAGAUCUACCAAUUGCCUAAGGAUUCCUGGCUGACAGAGAUGGAAAAGAAAGCAGUUGCUGCAGAAGCGCUGGCUUGCAGUGAGAGCUUCUCUUCUGAGGAGCCUCCUGUGUCUGCAAUCCAAGCUGAUGUACAGCUGGAUCUCCCAGUGCUGCUGCUGACAGUGAGGCCACCCAAACCCAUUACAGGCACGAGUUUCAAAGGCCCCGUGGAUGCCCUGAAGGARGUGGAUGAUGGCAGCAUGCUUGGCUUGGGGUACAACCACCUGAUCAAGGAUUCCCAGUGGGAGCUGCAGGAAGCAAUCUUCCGUAGCACUUACCGGGAGUAUCUGGAGGCUGAGGGUGUGACCAAGGAGGAGAUCCCCAGACAUGCUACCUUUCAUUUCCUCCUGCCUAGCCGGAUCCUGAUGGGACCUGAAAUGAAARUGCAGCCAGAUAUUCCAGUUGGCAUCGGUGUGCACUGGGAUGGAAAUCACAAUUUCUGCUUGUACUUACUUAACCGUUCACUCAAGGAGAAAGGAGGUUCUGAUCUGAAGCCUGAUGUUGUGUGGCCGUGUGCAGCUCCAAUUGCAUGCUCAGCUGUCAGCUCCUGCUCCAGGUACCUGGCACUGGCAGGUGAAGAUGCAACAAUAACUAUUUGGGAUAAACACCUAGGAUACCCUCUGUCUGUGACUGCCAUUCUAGAGGAACGUUUCAUCCGUAGUAUCCACUUUCUGUGUGAUUCUGCAGCUGCCAGUGAUGAGACACCUAUUACAGAUCCUGUCUGUCCCAUCCUACAGCUUCUAGUGCUGUGUACAGACAGCUCUUUCUAUUUGGUGAAAGCACCCAGGCUCGGGAAGUCCAGCAUCACACUCCUGGCAGACAGGCCUGAAGAUCCAAAUCUUACUGUCAGUGCAGUGGUGCCUGUCCAGGCCUUCCCCAGUGCAGCCCUGAUCUUCUCCUGGGAUGGCACGGUGGCCCUGAUGAACACUGAAACAUCACAAAUGGUUCACUGCUUCUAUAUUCCACCUCCUCAUGCUGUAGCAUCCUCCUGGCAGCCAGUGUUUGCAGUGGACAAUGUGACCUGCUGCUUGGUACUUCGAGGAGAUGAGCAGCAGCARCCAGAUGAAUCAGUCCAGAGCAAAGACAUUCAUAGCACAAUCUUCCUUUUUGACUUCAAUUUCUACCCACUGAGGGAUGCUUUUCCAAAGAAACCAGAUUUGCCUCUCAAAUCCUUUCAGGAACUGCAAUGGAUUGAGAGAUGUAACAUUUUCUUAGCUGAUAGGUUUCGCCUUCUGCCUGAGAGGCAGCAGGUACUGCUGGAAAUGGAGGAGCAGCAAUACUGGGAUUGUCUGCAGACACAAGCAGCUGCUAUGGACAGUGARAUACAGAAAGCAAAGGGAGAGAAGAAGAAGUAGCCAGCCUUGCAUCCUGAGGGCCAGGCUCAUGAUCCAGCACUGACAUUUUAACAGACACUGUUCCACUYAUCUCUGUCCCAGAGACCUGGAGCAUCAGAGCAGUCUGGUGUGUCACAAUAAUACACAGGACCUUAAUGAAACCUUUCCUCCAAUAAAAGUCUCUUGCUCUUCA